GUCUUCACACUACAGACAUGGCCGUCCUCAUCCUCACAGCAUAUUAGCAACACAUCUUGACGCAAAGCAAGUGAUGUGUGUCGAGGCCGGAGAGGUUCUGUAGUUCUGUGGUUCUCUGGUUCUCUGGUUCUUGUAGUUCUGUCCGUACACUGAGAUGCUCCGGGCUGUCUCGUUGUAGUCCCCGUCGUCUCCUCAUCAGUCUCAGUGUGGUUAGCUCGCUAGCUAACCACCUGCUACUGCGUUAGCCGAGACACCGACCACCGGUCCCCAGCACCGCCCGGUGCGGUCUGUGAUGGAGGCAUAGGAGCUCCUCACGCCUGAACGCACCGGUCCUCUCGCCUGAGCAGAGGCGUCUCCUCCGGGCAGCCCCACCGCCCCCCCACAUGCCCGAACAAGGCCCCAGGAUGAACGGCUUUUCUCUGGGCGAGCUGUGCUGGCUGUUCUGUUGUCCGCCCUGUCCCAGUCGCAUCGCGGCCAAGCUGGCCUUCCUCCCCCCGGAGCCCACCUACUCCAUCCACACCGACGCCGGCGGGGCGGCCAGCCUGCACCUGACUGAGCGUGCGGACUGGCAGUACUCCCAGAGGGAGCUGGACGCCGUGGAGGUGUUCAGCACCAGGAGCAGCCGGGGGAACCGGGUCGGCUGCAUGUUUGUCCGCUGCGCCCCGAACAGCCGGUACACGCUGCUGUUCUCCCACGGAAACGCCGUGGACCUGGGCCAGAUGUGCAGCUUCUACAUCGGCCUCGGCUCCAGGAUCAACUGCAACGUGUUCUCCUACGACUACUCCGGGUACGGGGUCAGCACCGGGAAGCCCUCCGAGAAGAACCUGUAUGCGGACAUCGAGGCGGCCUGGCAGGUCCUGAGGAACAAGUACGGUGUAACACCGGAGAACAUCAUCCUGUACGGUCAGAGUAUCGGCACUGUGCCCACCAUCGACCUGGCUGCUCGCUACGAAUGUGCUGCUGUCAUCCUCCACUCACCGCUCAUGUCAGGGCUUCGGGUGGCCUUUCCUGACACACGGAAGACCUAUUGCUUUGAUGCCUUCCCCAGCAUUGACAAGGUGUCCAAGGUGGCGUCCCCAGUGCUGGUGAUCCACGGUACGGAAGACGAGGUCAUCGACUUCUCCCACGGCCUGGCCAUGUACGAGCGCUGCCCCCGCGCCGUCGAGCCACUGUGGGUGGAGGGAGCCGGCCACAACGACAUUGAACUGUACGCCCAGUACCUGGAGAGACUCAAGCAGUUCAUCUCCUUCGAGCUCCCCACCUCCUGAGGGGAGCGCAGCACUCAGGCCAGGGUUCAUCUUGACACGCUCAAGAAGCCGCCUCCUUCUCAUCUCCCACCUUCCUCUCUUAGCACAGGGGCAGGACUGGAGGAAGCGGAUCCCACCGUUCUCCCCUGACCAUGGAGCCAUUUCGGGGUAGGAAUGUGUAGUGGACUGGAAGAGGAGGGGGUUUUACAUUGUUGAGGUGCAGGUGAGAGCCAGUACCGGUCAGGGGUGAAGCUUUGGCUUAACAUGUACUGUCCCGUAACCUGGCAGGUGCUCCUACACAUGGACACAGUUUGCCAAUGAGCCCAGGCCAAAGCAGUGUUUGCCCUCACUGCUCAAUCUGGGAUUCCUUCUCAACUCCAGCUCUCCUUCCCUUCCUCUACUCACUCUGUCUCCCCGAGUGUUUCUGUGCCAGUGUCUCAGUGAGCUUCAGGCCGUCACAUUUCCUUAUUCUUCCUUCUGUUCCUCCCAUCCUUGCUUUUUCUUUUGACUUUGAGUCUUUGUAAUGUUCAACUUGAUUUUUUUUGUAUUCUUUUAUACCAGGUGAAGAAAUAUUCAUUUUGCACCUCGAAAUACAAUUGAAGUUUUUUACUUUUUCUGUAUUUUUAAGUUACCAUUCAGGGUUUACCAAACAAUUGCACUUUUCUUGUGCAGAUAUUUUCAGGUAAUGAUUUUGUCUGUGUUUGGAAUAUGUAUACGUUGUAUUUUUGUUUGUUAUCUGCAUUCCAUGUUUUUAAUGCAAGUAGAAUUUUUUCAGUUGUGUGUGUGUGUGUGUGUGUGUGUGUUUUAGAAGCUGUUAACCAGAGUGCACAGCUGCACAUCUGGCCUUCGUAGUUGUGGUCUUUGUAGUCCUGACGCAUGCUUUUCUCUCAUACAGGAAGACAAUAAUGCCAAGCUUCAUUGAGAAAUCCAGCAAUUUACAAUAUGCAUUGCUCAUUGGCACACAUACAAACCCGGGAGAACAUCUCUCAAGUCCUCGAUCGCUUCAGAGCCACCGGUGAGUUCAGUAGCGAGCACUUGUGUCCACAUAAUGACAUCAUUUAGAAUUCGCCUGCUAACGGUGGUCAACAACACGAAAGGCUGCAGUAAAGAGCAAUGUGCACCUCAAGUGUUAAUUGGAAUACAGUGUGAUUGGUGGAUCAUCUCAAUGGAAAAACGUAAUGCUGAAUUCACCGAUCUGAAGAGUUCCUCGACAGGUCAUUAAAGUAAUUGGGUAGUUGCAUAAUACAAACACAUCUUGACAUUUCAGCACCUAACCCACACUCUUAAUUAGCCUGUUCAUUUUGUGUAUGCAUCUAUAAAAAUUCCCACUUAUUGUAUGACACCAGAUGCGUGCCCUUUUGCCAUGUGUGUCCGAGCUUUCCUCGGCAGUAGAGAGCAGCAGGAAAUCGGGGCUGUGCUUUAGUAAACCAGAGAUGACGCUGUAAUAAGACUUGAAUCGGACAGAAAACACUGAAGCUUGGUGCUGGUUGACCUGCAGACUGACGGCACUGAACGUCGGACUCCGUUCGAGGUGAACAUGCCGUUGCCGGGUCUUUGUGUUAUCAGUCAUUUCACACUACAGAUAUAGCCUUACGUUCUGAAACAUUUCACCAAGUCCUGUUGACGACAGCAGGUCUUCGUGGUCUUCAGGGGGGGGGCUGAUAACUGCUGCUAUUCAUCAGAUUAAUCAAUCAGUCAAUCACUGUGAAAGCCAGACAGUUUGGGGAAUACUGAGAAUUCACCCUGACCACUGUCACCCCCUUUUAGUUAGCCGUGUGUGUGGGGGGGGGGGGGGGCGUCUCUUUUACCAAUGCUACGUGUGCUGAGCCCUGUGACUGUCUGCUGUUGUCCAAAGACAUCCGAAAGAACCACCGUGAGGAAAAUGGAAGUAAGCAACGCAUGCAAAUCACCUCUCAUAGUUAUAGACAUUUCAACUUGAAUCAACUGUAUUUGAAUCAUUUUGUUCUUUUUUUUUUUUUUUUUUUUUUUUAAACCUUGAAAAGUAAAACACACAAAAAAAAAAAGUAAACCAUUCACAUUGGAGUGAGAAACGAAACAAGAAACACUAACCUUUGAACAUGUUUUCAGAGGAGGAUUGUGUGAUAGUCAUAUGAUCCAUCCGUGUAUUGAUGUGAAGUGGUCUGUCAGUUAAGUAUUUAGUGUUUUCUGAUUCUAGCUAAUGUUGGGCUGAUGUUUUUGGAUAAAGAGCCCUCGGUCACCUCUAGUAUGUUUCCUCUAACGCCUCUUUUUAAAGGAAAUGAAGAUCCUGCUUUAGUGCUGAUUAUUGUUUUUAUACUGACAUUUUUACGAGGUUUUCCAGUCUAAAUGUUGAUAGAUUUACACUGUCUCUGAAGCUGGUUUGUACACUAAUCCUCUGUAAUGGUAUACUUCAAUAUCUUCUCUAUACAUAUUAGCCCUCACAAAGGGCGGUUUAGUCUCAUUGCUUUAACACUGGAAUCACAAUAUGCAAAUGAAAAGCAAAUUGAAGCCAGUAGAAUCGAUUUUGGUAAUCAUGUGUAAAACAGAUGAAUUUAGCCUUAAACAUGCCGUGAACUGAUUGUCAUACAUGUGGUAUUUGCAAGAAGGCAGCACAAUGGAUGUUUUAAUGCUUAUAAUGGAAUAAAGGAUG